CGUUCUCCGAUCCCUGCGUUUUACAUUUCCUUGGUUACCUGCAAAUGGGUGUUCUUCAAUCUAUCAUCCUUCUCUGCAUUAUUUCCUUGAUUUCUUCCUCCUCUGUUACUCUUGCACAGCAACCUUACGUUGGGCAGGCCUCCAAUAAUUGCGCAAACACAGAUAAUUCAACUUCUGUUUUUGGUUACACCUGCAAUGGUGUCAACAAAACUUGCCAGUCUUACCUCAUCUUCAGAUCUCAGCCCCCAUAUUCCACAGUUCCUUCCAUCGCUGCUCUGUUGGGCUCCGACCCAUCUCAGGUCGCCCGGAUUAACUCAGUCUCCAACACUGCUGCCUUCGACACAAACAAGGAGGUAAUCGUCCCCGUCAAUUGUUCCUGUUCCGGUCAGUAUUAUCAGGCAAAUAGUACAUAUCUUGUUAAAUCUUAUGAUACUAUUUAUUCGAUCGCCAACAACACCUACCAAGGUCUUUCCACCUGCCAAGCUCUCCAGAACCAAUCCAAUACCUCAGCUCAGAACAUCUAUGUUGGUCAAAGGGUUCUAAUACCCCUUCGGUGUGCUUGUCCCACCAAGAAUCAAAGUGAUAGUGGCACCAAAUAUCUACUCAGUUACGCAGUCACUUGGGAUGAUUCUGUUGGCGCUGUAAGUGCCCAGUUUGGAGCUGACGUCGGGAAAACCCUAGACGCUAAUCAGCUUUCUGAGUCCGCCUUCACCAUUUAUCCAUUCACAACUCUCCUUGUUCCUUUACAGAAUCCACCAUCCUCUUCUCAAACCUUAACCCCACCUCCUCCGCCUUCUCCUCCUCCUCCACCAUCUCCUCCUUCCUCUGCAUCACAAAAUAAAGGGUCAACGAAAACAUGGGUCUAUGUGGUUAUUGCAAUUGCAGCAACGAUUGGUAUCAUGUUUGUUGUCUUUCUCAUAGUCUGGUCUCUUUUCUCCCGUAAACGGAAGAGGGGCGAAGCUGAUCCAAAGGUCAUCUCGAAGAGGAGCACAGAAGCUUCAAUUCUCACCUCGGAAAGCUUUGAGUCAUAUCAGAAACCGCCGCCGCUCAACAAGAAGUCAGAGGACGAAUCUAGCGACUUCCUUGCGGGUAUUGCCGACAUUGCUCAAUCCCUUAAAGUUUAUAAAUUUGAAGAUUUGCAGUCGGCAACCGAGAAUUUCAGCCCCAGCUGCUGGAUCAAUGGAUCUGUCUAUCGUGGAACGAUUAAUGGGGACCUAGCUGCUAUUAAAAAGAUCAAUGGAGAUGUCUCCAAAGAAAUCAAUUUACUCUCCAAGAUCAACCAUAUCAAUAUUAUUAGGCUCUCGGGUGUUUGUUUUAGUGAGGGGCAUUGGUAUUUUGUUUAUGAGUAUGCCAUGAAUGGACCUCUGAGUAACUGGAUCCGUGGCAACGUGAGCAAGCCAAAGGUUUUAAGCUGGACACAGAGGGUUCAGAUUGCAUUGGAUGUUUCCAUGGGGCUUAAUUAUCUCCACAGCUAUACCAACCCUUCCCAUGUCCACAAGGAUAUAAAAAGCAGCAAUAUUCUUCUGGACAAUGAUUUCAGGGCUAAGAUAGCCAAUUUUGGUCUAGCAAGGUCUACAGAAGGGAAGGAAGGUGAUUUCACAUUGACGAAGCACAUCGUUGGGACAAUAGGUUAUAUGGCACCUGAGUAUUUGGAGAAUGGUUUGGUCUCUCCGAAGCUGGAUGUUUACGCAUUUGGGGUUAUGAUGCUGGAACUAAUUAGCGGAAAAGACGUUGUUUCAUCUCAAGCGGAAGAUUUGCUCUUCUUUGAUUCGUUAAUAGCAAUACUCAAUGAGGGAAAUAAAGAAGAAAAGCUAAGAGGAUUCAUAGAUCCUUCUCUACAAGAAAAUUAUCCUUUGGACCUGGCUCGGUCUCUGGCCAGACUAAUAGAGAGCUGCUUGAGGAAGGAUCCAGCUAGUCGACCAGGUAUGGAUGAGAUUGUGCAGUUCCUCUCAGGAAUCGUGGCUACUUCACUGACUUGGGAAUCAUCUGUCUUGGGGUACCCAAAUUUCAACAGUAGCUCAUAGGGACUGUAUCUGAAAGGUACGACUACCAAAUUCUGUAUCAUUUGCACCCUUAAUUUUUUCCAUGUUUAAUCCAUAAUCUACUUAAAUUCAUCAUUGCAUACCUAUGGGUUGCUCAGAAUUUCAAACUCUUAUAGGUCUUAAGUUGUAAAUCUUCUUCACUAUAGCAAGAUAUUGUGCUGGAUUCUUCAACAGUACAUAUUUCUGUCUUCUUAUGUAUGUGAUCUGGUUUGUCUGUAACUAUUUUAAUAAUUGCAAGUUGGUUCAUCUUGUGAAUACCUUGCCACUGCAUAAGUUUCAAAGGUUCAUAAUAUUGUCAAUUUUAAAGAAAUAUGGUCAUAUUAGCGCAUAGUGAUAGCUGGAGAUGAGAGAUUCUGAGAUUUCAGCGUGGAAAAGCUCUGAAUCUUAGUCCAGUAUCCAGAUUAGUUGUCUCAAGCUUUGAGACUCUUAUCUUUAAAAGCGGACUGAUAGUAACAUGGUAACUGGUAACUUAGAUGAUUAGGAUGAUAAGCUAUAAGACUACUUUGGGUUCUUACAGGUUUGGUAGAAUGUGGUGAAAUCAUUGGUCGAUAGGGAGAGACUC